AGGGGGACAGGGACCCCGAGAGGGACAGGGGGACAGGGACCCCGAGAGGGACAGGGGGACACGGACCCCGAGUGGGACAGGGACCCCGAGAGUGACAGGGACCUCGAGAGGGACAGCGAACCGAAAGAGACAAGAUGCUGACCCUGCCGCCCAUCGUCAAGGGCUCUGAGGCCCGAUCGGGGGCCCAAGGUGGGAAGCCGCAGGGAUCAGGGACGACCCCCACCAAGGGGACCUCCCAGCACAGGAGGGGUCCCGCGAGUCUGGGGGCCCGGGAGCCUGAGGCCGGGGGUCGCACCACUCACAGGGCGGCGCGGAGACAGAACGGGGGUCUGGCGCUGGAUUCGCCCCCCGCUGAAGUUGAGAGCGAGCGGCGCCCCCCCCGCACGGAGACAGUGGCGCUGCGCGUGGACCCGCUGCGUGAUGUGUGCACCUCCCUGCUCCGUGACGGCCACGUGGGCGCCUUCGCGGAGCUGUUCCGCGCUGUGCGGGAGCGGCGCGCCGCGCGCCUCGCCGCUGACCCCGGCUCCGCGCUCGCCCUGGAGCCGCCUCUGGAGCAGCAGCCGCGGGAGCUGUGCGACCUGGCGGCCCUGCUCAGCCGCGCGGAGGACGCGGCGAGGGCCGGAGACGCAGACGCACAGUGCCAGACGCUGCUCUCCAUGGCCGAGCGCUUCAGGGGCAGUGACGUGGCCCCGUGGCUGGAGGGCCGCGCCCUGCGCCUGUGCCUGGAGGCGGCGCGCGAGGCAGGCGGGGGGCCACGCGAGGCCGAGGCCCUGGCACGGCUUGGGGAGGCGCGACAUGGCCACGGGGACCUGGAGGGGGCCCUGCCGAUUCUGCGGGAUUACCACGCGCUGGUGCGGGCCCAGGGUUGGCGGGACGCGUCGGGACGGGAGCACGAGGCGCGCUCCUCCACCCUGCUCAGCCGCCUCCUCACGGAGCUCGGCCGCCGGGCCCUGGAUAGAGGAGAGGCCCAUGAAUCGCUGGGGCCCCUGCAGGAGGCCCUGAGCCUCGCCUGUCACGGGCAGGAGAGCCGCGCACAGCAGGAGGCCUCCUACUGGCUCGGCCUGGCGCUGCUGGACACGGGUGACACCGACUCGGCACUGCAGCGCCUGCUCGCCGCCGAGGAGUUGUCGGCGGCGCUGAAGGACGCGGCCGCGAGGACCCGCGCCGCACGCUCCGUGGCGGAGGCGCUGCUCAGGCUGGGCCGCGUCUCCGAGGCGCAGCGUUCCCUGGAGCGGCUGCUGGAGGCAUCGCGGCAGUCGAGGGGGCAGGAGGCGGAGCUGCUGGACGCGAGCUGUCGCCUCGCGGACAUUCACCUCGCCAAGGGGUCCGCGCGGACCGCGUGCCGCCUGCUGGACGCGGCGCUGGAGCGUGCCCGAGCGGGGGCCGCGGGGCCCGCCGAGGGGGCCUCGUCAUCCUCGGCUCCCCGAGGGCCCUCCGAGUCGCUGCUGACGGAGGUCCGCGCGCGCUGCGGCGUGGCCCGCGCCGCGCUGCUCUUCCCGGCCCUCGCCGCCGACCUCGCCCUCCUCGGCCUGGCGCGGCCCGGCCCCGCCUCGGGCCCUGCUCGCGGUGCCCUCGAGCGCCUCCUCUCGUGGAAGGACUCGCGCCUCGGAUACUCCCUGGAGGCCGAGCUGGGAGCCGAGGGGGACGAGGACAAGGAGGAGGAGGAGGAGAGCGAUGACGGCUCCGAGGCCCACCGGGGGGACGUGAGCCCGAGCGGAGCUGAGGGGGGAGGGGCCGUGACCUCGGCAUGAGCGUGGUCAAGGGGCUCGUGGGACCCCCUUUACGGGGGUCGCGUGGUGUUACUCGUUUAUGUUUAGCCUCCUCGCUUGGUGCCUCGAUUACAAAGCGUGGGGGACCUCUUUACUGAAGGCCACAUCGGACUUUCAAAUUCACAGGGCCCCCCCCCCCCCGCGCCACACACACGAACGCACGCACAGCUAAGCGAGACGCCUCCUUGCAUUGGCACAAGUGGCCCGGGCGUUGCGCUAACAUGACACGCGUUUCGCUGUUGCCAAGACGAACGUACCCUCCCCCCCCCCUAGUAUCCGGUUAGUGCGGCUAAGACGCUUGCAGUGACGGACAGACGGGGCGGAGUAAAUGAAGUUGGACCCGCGGGCCGUGGGGGAUCCUCCACCUCUGCCGAUUCGUGUGGCUCCUCUCCCGGCCGUUCCGUUGGUUCCGCUUCUCGCGGUCUCCGCGUUGUGCGGGUCCCGCGGAGGGCCCCUGGUUCCGUAACCUCCACGCGCCCUCCCGCCCACCCCCGCUCCCCCUGCCCCCUCCAUCCCCCGCUCCCCCUCCCCUCCAUCCCUCCCCUCCAUCCCUCCCCACUAAUAAAGCAUCUCUUUAA